GCGCCCGUUACAGAAACCCCGUGGGUUGGAGUGCGGUUGGGUUGGGUGGAGACGCGCCUUGCGGCCAUAUGCUGUUUGCGCUGUUUGCGAAAAGUGGCUCCCCACCACACCGCCCGCCGAAUGACAAACGCACUUGAAUUAAUGGGUAGUGUUGUGUACCAGUGAGCGAAACCAACGAAACAGAAGCAGACAACAACAAAAAAAAAACACGCAAAUUCUAACUAGCAGAUGAAAGGCAUGGCCUUCUGCGCUGUUGUCCCGUGCCUUUCGCCCGCGCUAAUCGGCGAGGCGUAAAAGUGGCGCGCAAAAUAAAGAUCUUAAAAGAUAAUUACGCACAACAAAACACGCUGCCCGUGGGGACGGCCGAGCGCUUGACCAACGGUUUCUUGAGAGGCGUGCGUGCGUGUGUGUGUGCGCGAGUGCGCGCGCAAGCGAACGUUCGCGCGUCAGCCUUUGGUGCGGAUAAUCUCAGAAUGAUCUAAUGCUGUAGCGAUGACGCGACGGUGCGGGUUUGCUGACGAACCUUUGCCUCUCUCUCUCUACCAACGUCUGCCGAUUAGUUGGGGUGAUCAAUCGUGUGUGUGUGUGUGUGCCUGUGUGGUGACUCGAGACGAUUGUCUCACCUCUCCUCUUGGCCACCGCUCGCAUCCCGCCAGGGCCGCGUUCCAUCACACCACACUGACCCGGGGGAAUGGGGGAGGGUGAUCGUGUCAUGGCACGUUCCCUCCCGUGCUGUGCGCGGAUGAGUCAGAGUGCCGUGACUGCUAAAUGCCGUUUCACGAAUCACGUUCUAUCUCGACGGUCAUGAUGCGCCCCAGCACGCUGGAUAUCAAAACAAACUACCACGAUGGAUGCUACACGUUCAUGAGGGACGCUUACCGUUGCUGGAAGGCACGGGCGGAGUCGGGCGAACAACCCUACAUCGCGGAACUGUUUGCGGACCUGCAGCAGUCCCUUUCGAGGAAGCAAGUGCGGGACAUUUUGUUCACGAUGAAAAAUGUCACACGAGCUCCGGCGAUGAACACGACGCGUCCAAGCAGCGUGCAGACGCCGGUGGCCAACGCAACACUAUCGCUAUCAGCAGCAGCAGCAGCAGCAGCACCAUCACAACAGCAACCAAACCGGCACCAUUCACCGUCCCAGCAGCGGAAGGACAGACCGAACCGACCACCAUCACCACCGGGCGAACGGUUAACGUUCGGCGAGUUCACCGCGAUAGCAUCCUGUACGAAAUGUUUUGGCCGACAGUCAUCCUUCCACGCUAUGAGGGCGCGCAACGUCGACGAACUGGGCAGCGUGUUGGCAAAUCACGCUGGCACGGCAAAGGACGGGGAGCCGUCGCCCGGACCGGAGGUGUUUCUCGGCGGUUCCUGCAAUCCCACGACCUGGCGGGCGGACGUGGCCAUACCGACGCUCGACCGGCUGGGCAUAUCUUUUUACAAUCCGCAAGUAUCCCACUGGACACCAGAUCUGAUCGAGCUCGAGCAUCGAGCAAAGGAAAAGGCGAAGGUGCUGUUUUUCGUGCUCGACUCACAGACCCGCUCGACGGCGGGGGCCAUCGAGGUGGCACACAUCGCGGGCCAGAACUCGAAAUAUUUAUUGCUUGUGCUACUGCCGUACUCCAGCAGACAGAAAAUUCUCAAUGAAACGCUAUUGGAAGACGAGUAUAUGGAUCUCAUGAGCAAUCAGCUAAUGCUAAGGCAACUGGUGUUGCGCCGUGGGCUACCGGUACUGGACAGUAUUCCAACCGCGCUGGAGCAGAUCAAGGAAGUGCUGCUGGGGAACUGCUGCCCGCAGCCGCCAGUCAAUCUAGCGUCACGCUUAAUCUCCCUGCGACGAACGUUCGAGCGCGUUGCCGCGGAUGUGACUGAGUCGGCCCGCAUCAAUCUAGCCCAGUGUCAGCAGGCCCUCGGCAGCCUAGGCUACCCGGCGAACGUCGGCACGAUGGGCAACAUUCAAAACAUUCUGCUCUGCUACGAGGAGGUGACCGGGCUGGACGUGCAAACGCAGCUCAUCAGACGGGGCGACGCGGAAAGCGUACUUAUCAGCUUCGAGGAGUUUUGCAUCAUCGACGCGUGCGUGUCGAUACUGAUGCUGGACUUUUACGAGCACAACUGCACGUCACCGAUCAAGGGCACGAACCUGCAGCAGCCGCCGGUGUAUUUGACAGAUUUGCAAGCAUGGAAUCACACGAAUCCGGAGCUUUCACCGUUUGAAAAUGGUUCCCACAAGAGCCCGCGAACGUUUGUGUUGCCGAAAAGUGGGCACGAACCCGCAGUCAACGGAACAACCGAUCCCAGUGCGGCGGCGGCUUCGGUGGCUGGCCCACCGAGCAGUCGUAGCAGCAGCGGCAGUAGUGAACUCAACCACACCACCACCACCACCCCCCUAUCGGUCGACGCGGGUCCGGGUGGGGAGGGGCCGAAGCUCCACUCCCCCGUGCCACUGCCGCCCGCGAUCGAUGAACCACGUGCAUUUACAUUCGACGGCGAUCCGUUCGGCGAUGACGGCGAUGACAGCGAACCACUGCUCGGGCGCAUCGAGCCGCGGGACGUGUAUCUCGGGGGCAGCUGCUGGAUGAAGACGAGCUGGCGGCAGCGGUGGGCCUUCCCGAUGCUGAAGCGCCACAAUCUCAGCUACUACGUGUCGGCCUUGCACGAAGGGUUCUGCUGCGGCAAGCAGGAGCAACCGGCCGGCGGUGAUGGAAGCGCCGGUCCGCAGCAGCAGCAGCAGCAGCAGCAACAGUUUGAUCCCCAGAGCACGCUCCGGUAUGAUGCCGCCAUGCUGGACGCUUGCCGCAUCGUCAUAUUCGCGAUCACGAAUGAAACCCGAUCUUUAGCACCCAUGACAAUGGCCGCACACUACAUCGGCCUCGGCUACAACGUUGUGCUGUGCGUGCAAAUGCUUCCCUCGAACGAAUCGGCACCGAACGGGCACAACACAACACUCUCCUCCUCCGCCAUCAAAGACUACAACCGCGGGCGGGCCUAUUUGAUUGAUCUGGCCAAACGGCACGGCAUUCCAGUGUACGAGGGCUUGGAGGAAACGUUCGACAGCGUUAUCAGCCGGUUAAGGAACGGUACUGUAAGAUACUCAACCUAGCAUCGAAUCGAACUCUCACAUCCCGCUCCAUCCCUCUCCGCCCUCUGCGCCCUCUCCGGUGGACCCGCUUAAUGUGAUUUAGAGUUUAUUUUAUUGCCUGUUUUUUUUUUUUUAACAAACCCAACAAACCGAAAUACUUUAAACUAAUUAUACACCACAACACACAACUACACACCACACAGAUACACCCGAACGGAGAACCGUUAAAGAAUAAGCAAAAAUAACAUAAUUUAAUAAUUCUCAAGCACAAAACACAAUCACGCAACACAUCGCAA